UCUUCCGUCCUAAUUUGCGGCGGCGCUACCGUAAGUCCUGGGCGCCCGAGCCCGGCGGUUUUUGCCCGCCGGUGGCGGCCUCGUAGUUUCCCGGCGAGGCGUGUGGCCGCUCGGGGCUGGGAUGAACCGCGCUGUCGGCGGAGGCCGGGCAGCCGAGCUGGAGCCAUGGACAGAGAGAAAUUGAGAGGGAGAGAGAAAAAUAGACACCUGCAGGCCUGCUUCACCACUUGUGAAGUGACCCUUCUGCAGGCGAGCACAGUGGUAGCAGUUGGACUGACCAUUGCAGCUGCAGGAUUUGCAGGUCGCUAUGUUUUGCAAGCCAUGAAGCAUGUGGAGCCUCAAGUAAAACAAGUUUUUCAAAGUCUACCGAAAUCUGCCUUCAGUGGUGGCUAUUACAGAGGUGGGUUUGAACCCAAAAUGACAAAGCGGGAAGCAGCACUAAUACUAGGUGUAAGCCCUACUGCCAACAAAGGGAAAAUAAGAGAAGCUCAUCGUCGAAUCAUGCUUUUAAAUCACCCAGAUAAAGGAGGAUCUCCUUAUAUAGCAGCCAAAAUCAAUGAAGCUAAAGAUUUACUAGAAGGUCAAGCUAAAAAAUGAAGUACAUGUGUGAUGAAACUUAAAUUCUUAAUAGUUUAUGCAUAUAUAUACCUUUUUUAAAUAAUAAAAUGCCUCAAUACUACAAUUUU